UACUUGACUCGCUCGGUUCCGGUGAGCAAUGGACGUGCGCGAGGUGACACCCGAGGCGGCGACCAAGCCGGUGACCAAGGGCAUUCUCAAGCGAGAGCAUGGGGACGAGGCGGGUGCAAAUGAAGGGUGCAAUAAGAAGCGCAAGGGCAUUGUGUGGGAUGAAGAGAACCUGGCGUACAAUGAGGAGAACAAGUCGGCGACGAUGAAGAUUGAGGAGCCGGACACGCCGUAUCACAACUACAACAUGGAGGACGAUGACGAGGUGCGGGCGUCAGGCGCGCUGGCAGAAGACGGUGAGGGCAAGGCGGUGCGAGGGAACACGGCGGCAAACGCAGGGCUGGAAACUGCGCCGCCGCCGCCGGCUGUGCCUCAGACUCAGCAACUCGAGUCGCAGGCGGCGUCGAUCAGCGAGGCGCUUGCUCACGUGGGGCAGACGUCGGCAACGCCCGAGGCGGAACAGUGGGAAGAGGCACCGGUGUGGACUGAGAUUGGCGAUGACGACGAUGACGAUGACGAGGUGGAGGAAGAUCCAGAGGAGGUGGCGCGGCGGAAAGCCGAGUUUGAGCGGCGGCGCAAGGCGCACUACAAGAUGGAGUUCAAGCCGUACAACCCGAAUGAUGACGAGGACGACGAUGAGUAACACACGCAAGCGCGAACGG